UGACGUCACGGUAGUAACGUUUGCUCCGCUCGUAACGGCCGCGCUGAACAAGAUGGCCGAGCGUCGGCAGAGGAGAGGAUGAUGAGAAGACUGUGAAAUUAAGCCAGUUUACAGCCUGGAAACAGCCGCGUAUAGCUGAAGACCGCGGGCGAGCGCUAAUUCAGCGGGAAUACAUGUGAAUUCUCUGUGUUACUGCGGCUGUGGGUGCGUGCAUGUAGGGAUUAUUCCGACAGAGAGACAGGAGGAGGGUGGUCCCCGGCAUCACCCACCCGCUCCUAACCCGCUAAUAGUAAUAACCAUAUUAAUUUUAAUAAUAAUAUAAAUUAGGGUUUCUGAUUUCUAAAGAGGCACGACAGACUGCAGCUCAUCACCGCGGGGAGAGAUGUCACUGCUGUGUGUUGGAGUGAAAAAAGCCAAGCUAGAUGGACCGCAAGAGAAAUUCAACACCUAUGUGACACUGAAGGUGCAAAAUGUAAAGAGCACCACUAUUGCUGUUCGAGGCAGUCAGCCAUGUUGGGAACAGGACUUUAUGUUUGAGAUUAACAGGCUGGAUCUGGGACUGACGGUGGAGGUUUGGAACAAAGGCCUGAUUUGGGACACCAUGGUGGGCACCCUGUGGAUCCCUUUGCACAGCAUUCGUCAGUCCAAUGAGGAAGGUCCAGGGCAAUGGCUGACUUUAGAUUCCGAGGUCAUCAUGGCAGAAAAUGAAAUUUGUGGCACCAAAGACCCAACGUUCCAUCGUGUGCUCCUGGACACCCGCUUUGAGCUACCUUUAGACAUUCCAGAGGAGGAGGCUCGCUACUGGGCCAAGAAACUGGAGCAGCUGAAUGCCAUGAGGGACCAAGAUUAUGCCUACCAGGAGGAGCACGAGAGACCACUUCCAGUGCCAUCAACACAGUGCUGUAACUGGAGCCUGUGGGGAGACCAGCAAAAUGAUGAUCCAGACAGUGCAGUAGACGACAGAGACAGUGAUUACCGCAGCGAGACCAGCAAUAGCAUCCCUCCUCCAUAUUACACCACAUCCCAGCCCAACGCAUCCAUGCACCAAUACCCCAUCCGACACAUGCACAACACCUCCCGCUUUGACGACAUACAGGACUAUGACUACGAUAAUCAGAGAGCCAUGAGACGCUAUGAUAGUUUAGACUCCGCCACCAACGGCCGCAGUGAUCUCGAUUCGGCCUCCGGCUCAAGCAGGCGGACCAGCCGCCAGUACUCCUUAGACAGUAGGCACUCGCUCUCCGAUAGUCCCACAGGCUCCAGCCGCUACGCCUCGUCGGGCGAGCUGAGCCGUGGCAGUUCCCAGCUGAGCGAGGAGUUCGGCCCCGAGGAAGGUGAGAGCUUUCGUGGCUCCGGAGAGUUCUACGAUGAGAACGACUCCUACCACUCCUGCCACUCCUCCGUUAGUUACGGCAAAGACUCGCCCGGCUGGGACCAGGAGGAGCCUCAGGGUGUCUACAGCGAUGAGGGCAGCUACAUCAAAGAUGGCGGAGAAGAAGGUGCGCUGUACGAGGACGAAGAUGGAGAGAUUUACGAACAGGAGGAAGGGGAUUACCCCUAUGAGGAGGAGGAGGGGAUGGUCUAUGAGGAGGACGAAGAGUAUCCUCUGGAUGGCACACUCAGCGAAGACCAAGAGCCACCCUACACACCCACCCCCACCAGUGCAGCUCCCUCGCUGGCCCCAGAGGCCCCCAGCAGUCGGCCACCUUUAGAAAAGCAGGCAUCUUUGCACCAGCAGCAGCAGCCCCCUGAGACCAAGCCUUCGUUCCAGCCUCUGGAGCCUCACACAGAAGCUGUAACAAAGCAGCAGAGCUUCGAGGACUACAGAAAAACCCCUAGCCCACCUAUCGACUCCUACCUGGAAUCCUUCACCCCUGCAGCAGUGCCACCCACACCUGCAGCAAAGCCCACAGAGGAGCCCAAGCCUCCUGCUGAGCCUUCAAUCACUGAACACCCACCUGAAUCUCUGCCUGAGAAAACAGAGGCACCUCCAGAAAGUGUGGCAAGACAUGAGGAGCCAGUUGACCCUGCUGUGCGGGCCAAAGCUAACUGGCUACGGCUCUUUAACAGGGUUCGACUUCAGCUGCAGGAGGCCCGGGGCGAGACUCCUGGACUGGCAUCAUUGUUUCUUCAAGCAGGGCCCGGAGGAGCUCUGUACAGCAUAGACAGCAUGCCGGACCUCCGCAAACGGAAGGCUAUUCCAUUGGUCCGAGAUUUGUCCCUGGUCCAGAACUCUCGUAAGGCUGGAAUCACCUCAGCUAUGGCCUCCAGCACUCUCAACAAUGAAGAGUUGAAGAGUCACGUGUAUAAGAAGACCCUCCAGGCUCUUAUCUAUCCUAUCUCCUGCACAACGCCCCAUAACUUUGAGGUGUGGACAGCCACGACCCCCACCUACUGCUACGAGUGCGAGGGGCUGCUGUGGGGAAUCGCGAGGCAGGGCAUGCGAUGUACUGAGUGCGGAGUUAAAUGCCACGAGAAGUGCCAGGACCUGCUGAACGCUGACUGUUUGCAGAGAGCUGCAGAGAAAAGUUCCAAGCAUGGCGCAGAGGACCGCACACAGAACAUCAUUAUGGUGCUGAAGGACCGCAUGAAGAUCAGAGAAAGGAACAAGCCGGAGAUCUUCGAGCUUAUUCAGGACGUGUUCGGAGUAGUCAAGGCCACUCAUGUCACCCAGAUGAAGCAGGUCAAGCAAAGCGUCCUGGAUGGAACAUCCAAGUGGUCAGCCAAGAUCAGCAUCACAGUGCUGUGUGCCCAGGGCCUCCAGGCCAAGGAUAAGACAGGUUCCAGUGACCCCUACGUCACAGUGCAAGUGGGCAAAACCAAGAAGAGGACCAAGACCAUCUAUGGCAACCUUAACCCUGUCUGGGAUGAGUCCUUUAAUUUUGAGUGCCACAACUCCUCAGAUCGAAUCAAAGUGCGAGUGUGGGAUGAAGACGAUGACAUCAAGUCGCGUGUGAAGCAAAAGUUCAAGCGAGAGUCGGAUGACUUCCUGGGGCAGACCAUCAUCGAGGUGCGAACGCUGAGCGGAGAGAUGGACGUCUGGUAUAACCUGGACAAGCGUACAGACAAGUCUGCUGUGUCAGGAGCCAUCCGAAUGCAUAUCAGCGUGGAGAUCAAAGGAGAGGAGACAGUGGCCCCUUACCACGUCCAGUACACCUGCCUCCACGAGAACCUCUUUCACUAUGUGACGGACCUCCAGAACAACGGCGUGGUGAAGAUUCCGGACGCUAAGGGGGACGACGCCUGGAAGGUCUAUUUCGAGGAGACGCCACAAGAGAUUGUAGAUGAAUUCGCCAUGCGAUACGGAGUGGAAUCGAUUUACCAAGCCAUGACACACUUUGCUUGUCUGUCAUCUAAGUACAUGUGCCCGGGAGUGCCUGCUGUGAUGAGCACUCUGCUGGCAAACAUCAAUGCCUACUACGCCCACACCACUCAGGCCACCAACAACGUUUCUGCCUCCGAUCGCUUUGCUGCCUCCAACUUUGGGAAAGAGCGUUUCGUCAAGCUUCUGGACCAGCUGCAUAACUCACUGAGGAUUGACCUCUCCAUGUACAGGAACAAUUUCCCUGCCAGUAGCCCAGAGAGGCUUCAGGACCUAAAGUCUACUGUGGACCUACUUACUAGUAUCACUUUCUUUAGAAUGAAGGUCCAAGAGCUACAGAGCCCUCCUCGUGCCAGCCAGGUUGUGAAAGACUGCGUGAAGGCCUGCCUGAACUCUACCUAUGAGUACAUCUUCAACAACUGCCAUGAGCUCUAUAGCCGAGAGUACCAGACUGACCCGUCAAAGAAAGGUGAGGUUCCUCCAGAGGAACAAGGUCCAAGCAUCAAGAACUUGGACUUCUGGUCCAAACUGAUCACUCUCAUCGUUUCCAUCAUUGAGGAGGACAAGAACUCUUACACCCCUUGCCUUAACCAGUUUCCCCAGGAGCUUAAUGUUGGUAAGAUCAGUGCUGAGGUCAUGUGGAACCUGUUUGCCCAGGACAUGAAGUAUGCCAUGGAGGAGCAUGAAAAGAACCGCCUGUGUAAGAGUGCUGAUUACAUGAACCUGCACUUCAAAGUGAAGUGGCUCUACAACGAGUACUGCAAAGACCUGCCUUUCUUUAAGAGCAGAGUGCCAGAGUACCCUGCGUGGUUCGAGCCAUUUGUCAUCCAAUGGCUGGAUGAAAAUGAGGAGGUUUCUCGAGACUUUCUGCAUGGAGCUCUGGAAAGAGACAAAAAGGACGGAUACCAGCAGACAUCAGAGCAUGCUCUCUUCUCCUGCUCGGUGGUGGAUGUCUUUUCACAGCUCAACCAGAGCUUUGAGAUCAUUAAAAAGCUGGAAUGCCCCGACCCACAGAUUGUGGGCCACUAUAUGAAGAGAUUUGCGAAGACAAUAAGCAACGUUCUGCUCUCUUAUGCUGACAUCAUUUCCAGGGACUUCCCUAAUCACUGCACCAAGGAGAAAGUGAAUGCGAAAGAUGGUGCUAUAAAGCCUUGCAUCCUGAUAAACAACAUUCAGCAGCUCCGGGUACAGCUGGAGAAGAUGUUUGAGGCCAUGGGCGGCAAAGAUCUGAACGUUGAGGCCAGUGAUAUUCUGAAGGAGCUGCAGGUGAAGCUCAACAAUGUAUUGGAUGAUCUUGCCAGGAUCUUUGCUACCAGUUUCCAGCCCAACAUUGAGGAGAAUGUGAAGCAGAUGGGAGAUAUUCUGAGCCAAGUGAAAGGCACGGGCAAUGUUCCAGCUAGCGCCUGCAGCAGCGUGGCCCAGGAUGCAGACAACGUGCUGCAGCCCAUUAUGGACUUCCUGGACAGCAACCUGUCACUGUUUGCUAAGAUAUGCGAGAAGACUGUUCUUAAGCGGGUGUUGAAGGAGCUCUGGAAGCUUGUCAUGAACACCAUGGAGAAGACCAUUGUGCUGCCACCUCUGACUGACCAAACGGGCAGGGUGAAGCUUGCUUGUCACAGUGAUGGUACACAGCUGAUCUUUAAUGCAGCGAAGGAGCUUGGGCAGCUUUCCAAGCUGAAGGAGCACAUGGUGCGUGAGGAGGCCAAGGCCUUGUCACCUAAGCAGUGUGCAGUCAUUGAGUUGGCCCUGGAUACUAUCAAGCAAUAUUUCCAUGCUGGAGGAGUGGGUCUGAAGAAAACCUUCCUGGAGAAGAGUCCUGACUUGCAGUCUCUCCACUACGCCCUGUCCCUCUACACACAGGCCACAGACAAGCUCAUCAAGACCUUUGUCCAAUCACAGAACGCACAGGUUCAUGGAGGGAAGGGGGUGAGGUUCACCCAGAGCGAGGAUGUGUACCCCGAGAAGGGCUCUGGUGUGGAUGAUGCUGUGGGAGAGGUGUCAAUCCACGUGGAGAUCUUCACUCAUCCCAACACUGGCGAGCACAAAGUCACGGUGAAAGUGGUGGCUGCAAACGACUUAAGGUGGCAGACAUCAGGAAUAUUCCGGCCCUUCGUAGAGGUCUACAUAAUCGGCCCCCAUCUGAGCGAUAAGAAGAGGAAGUACGCCACCAAAUCAAAAAACAACAGCUGGGCACCCAAAUACAACGAAACUUUCACAUUCACGCUGAGCAACGAGGUGGGGCCAGAGUGUUACGAGCUGCAGGUGUGUGUGAAGGACUACUGCUUUGCGCGGGAGGACCGGACGGUGGGCAUGGCGGUGCUGCAGCUAAAGGACGUGGCGGCGCGGGGCAGCGUGGCCUGCUGGCUUCCCCUGGGCAAACGCAUCCACAUGGAUGAGACAGGCCUGACCGUGCUGCGCAUCCUCUCACAGCGCAACAACGACGAUGUGGCCAAGGAGUUCGUCAAGCUCAAAUCUGACCAGCGCUCGGCCGAGGAGGGCCGAGGUAGCUAAAGCACAGGUGCCGUUAGGUGUUGUGAAAUCACUGCCCACAUCUUCUUCUUUCUUAAAGUGUUGCACUAACAGACACCUAAAUACACAUAAACACCCACUCUUUACAGAGCCGAAUACACUCUAACACCCCAACUAGGACCAAAAAUCAUUUUAUCCGUUGAAUAGAGAUGGACACUGCCAUAACCUGCCAUGAGUAACCUGCCAUAACAAGCACAGUGUGGCAUCCAAAAUGAUACAGGCACAAAAACCUUGUAUCUCUUUAAUACUUGAUGUUUGUGAUGUCCUUGAUUUUUAAAAUACAUAUUAUACAAGACCUCAUUGUUAAAAAGAUAUUUAAGGAAUAACAUUUAUCUAGUCAUUCAUACAUAUAUGAAAGAAGUUUAUUAACAAUUACAGAUAUUCUAUGAAAAAUCU